UUUGACCCACUAAGAAUCUUACAGCGGGGAAAGCAGGAAGGUUGGAGGCUGUAAGCAGGUAUUAGGAGCUGGGACUCGCUGCUGUUUCACAGUGCAGCUGCAGCUCUGCUUGCUGUGGUUCGGUGGGACACGCAGACCUGAAGCCAAGCCAAGAACCGAGAGGAGGUGUGAAGCAGGAGCUAUUGUUUUGCGGUCUGUUAUGGACUGUGUUUUUAGUCACAUUGUGUCCCGGUCGCACCUGAACGCUUGGCCCUCUGUGUUGGAGCGUGAGGUGGUCAGUUAAUCUGAAGGCGUCUUUGUGGACGGGACACUUUGAGGGCCAAACAAUGGAAUGCUCUCUCCUGCCUUCACCGCACUGCACUCAACAGACUGAGGUUAAACGCUUUAGUUAGCAGUGUGCCUCUUCCCAAAAAACUCUCUUUAGCUAGGGGAAAGUUGGGAGAAAUAAAACAAAAAACACACAAGUGAAGGAAAACGACCUUCAUAGUACAGCACCUUAUUCCACUUCUUUGUAGUUCGAGUUUGUCUUGGAUUCUUUCAGAAGCUUUACGUGCACAAACACCAAGAUGGAUUUGGAAUCGUAUCUGUGGAUGGUGGUGAUUGGCUUCAUUAUAGCCUUCAUCCUGGCAUUUUCGGUGGGAGCCAAUGACGUGGCCAACUCAUUUGGGACGGCGGUGGGGUCAGGAGUGGUGACGCUACGUCAGGCCUGCAUUCUGGCAUCCAUAUUUGAGACCCUGGGCUCCAUGCUCCUUGGUGCCAAGGUCGGGGAAACCAUCCGGAAGGGAAUUAUAGACGUCAGUUUGUACAAUGACACAGUGCCCAUACUGAUGGCGGGAGAGGUCAGCGCCAUGGUCGGGUCUGCGGUUUGGCAGCUCAUCGCCUCUUUUCUGAAGUUGCCCAUUUCUGGAACUCAUUGCAUUGUGGGAUCUACUAUUGGCUUCUCCAUGGUUGCUAUUGGCACUAAAGGAGUACAGUGGAUGCAGUUAGUCAAAAUUGUUUCCUCGUGGUUCAUCUCACCUUUGCUGUCUGGUCUCAUGUCUGGCCUGCUCUUCUUCGUCAUUCGAUAUUUCAUUUUGAGCAAGGAUGACCCUGUUCCUAAUGGUCUCCGUGCUUUGCCGCUCUUCUAUGCGUCAACCAUCGGGAUCAACACCUUCUCCAUCAUGUACACUGGAGCUCCUUUACUGGGUUUGGAGAUGCUCCCUGUCUGGGCCAUUGCCCUCAUUACGUUGGCUGGUGCGCUGGUAUGUGCCGGUCUGGUCUGGAUUUUUGUUUGCCCCUGGAUGAGAAGGAAAAUAGCAAGUCGUCUGAAGAAAGAGCAUGCACUUUCUCGCAUCUCUGAUGAGAGUUUGGAUAAAAUCCCUGAGGAGGAAGAGGAAGCUCCUGUGUUUAAAGAGCUUCCAGGUGCGAAAAGCAGCAAUGACGCAGUGCUGCCGAUGACUGAGGAGUCCACAGGAGAGCUCAACAGCCUGGCUAAUGGAGGAACUGUCCUGCCCAACGGCAGAGUCUAUGGUCGCACCAACUCCAUGACCAAUGGCUGCCUGAAAUCUCCCGUUUCCAAUGGAGGCUUCAGCUUCGACGGCCACAUGCGCAGCGAUGGCCAGGUUUACCAUACCGUCCACAAAGACUCUGGUCUCUACAAAGACCUCCUGCACAAAAUCCACAAGGGCCGCCUGGAGGAUGAGCGCCACGGCUCCCGUCCCGACAACAACUACCGUCACCUCCGCCGCAACAACAGCUACACCUGCUACACUGCGGCCAUUUGUGGGAUGCCUGUACAGCCGCUCUUGCGCUCUGAAUCCAGUGCGCCUCCGCCAGAGGACAGCGAGAAGCUUGUAGGCGACACCGUUUUCUACUCCAAGAAGCGUCUGCGCUACGACAGCUACUCCAGUUACUGUAAUGCCGUGGCGGAGGCUGAGAUUGAAGCGGAGGAGGGCGAUGUGGAUGUGAAUCUGGCGGCAGAUAAAAGGGAGCCACGGGUUCCGGCUGAAGGGGUGUUAGAGGACUGUGUUGAUGAGGACAAGGCGGAGAAAGACAAUUCUCAGGUCUUCCUGCUCUUCCACUUUCUGCAGAUCCUCACAGCCUGCUUCGGCUCUUUCGCACAUGGGGGGAAUGAUGUCAGUAAUGCGAUUGGUCCAUUGGUGGCCCUGUGGAUGAUCUACGAUCAGGGUGGAGUGAUGCAGGACGCGGCCACACCUGUCUGGCUGCUCUUUUACGGUGGCGUGGGAAUCUGCGCAGGACUGUGGGUUUGGGGUCGACGUGUCAUUCAAACAAUGGGCAAAGACCUCACUCCCAUCACCCCCUCCAGUGGAUUCACUAUUGAGCUGGCCUCAGCGGUCACUGUUGUUUUGGCGUCUAAUAUCGGACUUCCAAUCAGUACGACACACUGCAAGGUGGGCUCGGUGGUGGCGGUGGGCUGGAUCCGCUCCAGGAAGGCCGUGGACUGGCGUCUCUUCAGAAACAUCUUCCUGGCCUGGUUCGUCACCGUUCCUGUAGCAGGCCUGUUCAGCGCCGCUGUCAUGGCCUUGUUCGUCUAUGGCAUCCUGCCUUACGUUUGAGAAGGAGAAUUUGGGAUAUGAGAGAGAGGUAUAGGAAGGUAAUGGCGAAAAGAUAAAACAGAGACGGAAAAAAAAUAUAUAUACGUCAAUAUAAAAGCCAGAAAGUGAAGAGAGAGAGAGUUUUUAAAUGCUGCCUGGAAAAAGCAUCCAGAAUCCUUUGACUUAAAUAUCCUUAAUCUUUGUCAAGAGUAUUUAUUUCCAUUUCAUUUUUACUAUCGUUUCUGUUGAAAUGUUACCAUAAAGCGUAAGAUAUUUGACUCAGUGAUAUCAAAAGGUACAAAAACACACUAAACAGUAUCUGUGGGUCCUACAGCUUCAAGGGAGUAAACAGAGCUGCACAUACAAAUACAGUGCAUUUAUAACUUACAAUUGCCAAUCACUGGCGCAAUUCCCAGUAUAUCAGUGCAAAAUCCAGUCUCCUAGGCCUCUAAAUGCUUGUGGAGUGUUAUAAACCUAAACAUAUCGCUAAUUCCGUUUGCUGAAAAGUCAAACUUCUGUCGAAAUGACACUGAAAGCGUCCUGCUGUUCAAUACUUUAGCUAAAAAAGAAAAUCAUACCUCAGCUAACCCACUAUGCCACACAAAAGACGAAACUGUGCUAUCUCAUAACGUUACAUGAGUCAUUUUUCUAGUGGUCAUAAAUCCCUGUUCUUUCAUCGUCAUAUUUAUUUUUCUGGAUAUGUUAUCAUUCAUACCUUUAAAAAAAAUACAUAACACAAGGUGUGAAGAUGAAAUCAUGUUUUGACUACGUAUGCUACUUUAAUUUCUACUGUGUGUAUAUGUAUAUAUAUUCGACUUUGAGUUUUCGGACUUAUUCUGAGGUCUUCUAAUGUUACGUUUAAGGAGGUUUUGGUAGUUGCAUGAAACGGAUGCUCUUCCAAGCAUAUCGAAAUGAUCAAAUAUUUUUAAAUUUACUUUAUGACAAGACGCUACGUUCAUAAUCCUUAUCAUUGACUCCCUUUUAAGGUAUCGGUGGAUAUUAUUGUUUAAAGACAUAAAAAAGGAACAUAUCUGAGGUAUUUUAAAAUAAAAAAUCGAUACACAUCAAUGAAUCAACCUGAUUUUUAUGAAAAAUAAAUAGCCAAAGAUGAUUAUGUUUGAGUGGAAUUGCCAUACUCCUUGACAGUGUUUUUAAUAACAACCUAAAUGAUGUGCAGAGUAUAUAAAGGAUGCUAGAAGCUCAGUUUUAGCGUAUAUUGUUAUUAGAGCCCAUGAUGCCAAUUCUUAAAAAAAACAAACCUGUAUGUGCAGAGACAGCCAAAAUCCCACAUCAGCCAGCACAAACGUAUAAGAAAUAUCCACAUAUAUGAUGUUUUGGAGUAAACGCCGGCCUGGUCAAUCUCAUAUCAGCAUCCGAUUACUUGAGUCAACCUCGCUGAUAAAUCGAUUAAUGUUAUCAGAAGAGGAAUUAGUUGAACAUCAGGUCAAUAUGUGAUUCAGUGGUGCGAAUGAGUCAAGAAAUGAAAGGUCAGUAUGUAAUGAUCUAUUUGUGGCACAAGAAACCAAAAAAAUCUCAUGAAUUCAGUCCAAAAAAUACAAAAGAAAGAUUAAAUGACCAUGUUUUAUCAGGUGAAGCAGGCUUUAUCAAUACGUUCAGCCUUGUCACCAGAUUUGGAAACUGUACAAACGUGUGGCUUUUGAACCAAUGCAAAGUGUUGCUGUUUCUUCUUCUUUUAUUAUUAUUUUUUAGUGUAUUACUUUUUCAUCAAGAACAAAUCUAUGCUUAAUAUGGCCAUUUGCCUUGUAAUGUUGUGCUUUACUGUUUGUUGGAUACAGUAACUUCAGUACUGUGGUGUUUACAUUGUAAUCAUAUUGUAGAAUAACUCAUUGCAGUUGCCUAAAAAAACAACAACUACAAAAUAUGCCAAUCAACUAACUAUUAAUCACAAAAUUAAUAUGAAAUAACCAGGCGUCGUGCAAAGGUGUUUCAUGUCAGUUUGUGUUUUUAGCAGUGUGAACCUUCAUGAUCCUGUGUUACGUCGCACUGCUGUUAUGUAGUUACACAACUUUACAUGGUGGAUAUGAUUCAAAAAAAGAAAUGAAUAGAUAUAUAAAUUUCAUUAAACUAUAUUUUUCUACAUAUAUAAGUUCUACCUGGGUGGCGAGUUCUCACGCGGAGAGGCUCCUGAAUGCUAUUGUAAGGAAAUUCGGUGCUAAAAACCACUGAAUUUCUUUUUUCCUUAAAGAUCUGAACUGUUCUAGCAGAGGUUGGGGAUGUGGAUUGGUUCCAUAAAUCCAUUGUUGUUCUUUUUCCUUGCCCAGGGAUGUCUCUCCUUUUGUGUGUGAGAGAGAAGAGAGAGGUUGCGAGUUGUUAAAAUUCAACAAGUUUUUCAUGAUUGUUUUUUUGGACAAGUAAGGUUGAAUAACUUUGUAAUUUUGUUUCCCUGAAAUGCAAUACUAAGCAGCCAGACUGUGGUCAAUCGCACCUUCACCAGCAGCGGCGACACCAAUGUUUAGAGUCUGUGGAAGCUUGCUACCGACACGGAAUAAAAUUGAGGAAAUGCAACUAUUAUUUGGUCGUUUUGCUUUACAGGUUUGACUGAACUCAAAAUCGCUAGUUUUCACUGAACAUUUUAAAAGUAAAGAAGUCUGAAUAGUGUCUAAAAAAAGACCUAAAUGAUUGUGAGUUUAUAUGCAGUAAUUUGUAUAAUUUUUAAUACGAUCUUGUACGUAAAUUUGCGACGAUUAAAUUGUAAAUGUGAAAUGAUUCAAUCCUGAAUAGCAAAGAAUUGAGUUUAUAUUUUGCUGUUCUGUUUUUUUUUUUCUCAUAACUACAAGAUAUAAACAUUUCUGCGAGGAAAACGUUUAAAUUUCAAGAUCAAAAUGACAAAAAAACAAGAAAGUUAUUUUAAAAAAUUCAAAAAAUUCAAGCUUAUGUCCAGCAAUUCAGAACUAAGAAUAGCAAGAGUUUAUAUAGAAAUAGACCAAUAAAGUCUGAAUAGCAAGGAAUAAAAAUAGUUUCUAUUUCAUGGUUCAGAUUGUGUUUUUUUUUGUCUUAGAUUUCUGAGUCAAAAUGACUAGAAACAAUUUGUUAUUCUCAAGUCAAAAUUCUAGUUUUUUUUUCUUUCUUUUUUUUUUUUUAAUUUUCAAGACCAAUAGAUUCUGAAUAGCAAGAAAAAAAAGAGUUUAUAUUUUGUAGUUGAGAUGGAUUUUCUGCAAGAUACAAGGUGACUUUUCUGAGAGAAAAAUAGUCAGAAUUUCAAGAUGUGAACCCAUUAUGUGAUUAAACUCAAAACAACAAGGAAAAAGCUGGAAUUAAAGAACUCAAAAUUGCUUGUUAAAAAAAUUAAUGCAGAUUUGUGAGUCAGAAUUGUUAAACGACAAAAAACUAUUUAAAGUUAUUAAAAUUCUCAACUGUCUAAAUUAAUAACUAAGUAUAGCAAGAUUUUAUUUAGAAACUUGAGAAUAAAAUUGCAGAAUUGCAAGGAAAAAAAUCUUCUAUUUUAAGUUUCUAUUUUGUUGUUCAGAUUGUGUUUCUGAGAACUGCAAUAAAAUGACAUUUCUGAGAAAAAAAUAGAUGUGAACCCAUUUUGUGAUCAAAAUGAAAACAACAAAGAAAAAGUUGGAAUUAAUGACCUCAAAAUUGCUAGUUUGUAAUGCAACAUAAAAACGAAUGCAGAAUUGUGAGUCAGAAAUACUAAACGAGUAAAUUCUGAAUAGCAAGGAAUAAAUAAUUUUGACUUUAUAUUUUGCAGUUCAAAUAGUUUUUUCUCAGGUUUGCAAAAAUUUAUAAACAUUUAUGAGAGGAAAAUAUUGGAUUUCAAGAUGUGAUUAAACUCAAAAUGACAAGAAACUACACAUUUUCGCAAUUCUCAAAAUCAAAAAUUCUAUUUUUGUUGUAUUUUUAUUUGACAAUUUUUAAAUAAUAAAAAAAAAUCCAUUUGAAAUCCAAAAAUGUUUGUCCAGCAUUUCAUAACUAACCAUAACUAUUUUAUACAGAAAAUCAGAAUUGCAAGACAGUAAAGUCUGAAAAGCAAGUUCUUUUGUAGUUAGUUUGUAGACUUGCUGAGAACUGCAAAAUAUAAACAUAUACAACAGACUUUUUGAGAAAAAAAGGUCCAAAUUUGAAGAUGUGAACCCAUUUUGUGAUUAAUUUCAAAACAAAAAGGAAAAAGUUGAACUCAAAAUUGCUAGUUAUUCAUUUUAAAAGGGUCAUUUUUGAGUUAGAAAUGCUAAACCAAUCAGUUCUGAAUUGUAAAAAAAUUAUUCUGACUUUAUAUUUUGCAGUUCAAAUAGUUUUUCUCAAAACUCCAAGAUAUAAACUGACAUUUGUGAGAAAAGAUUUCUGAGAGCUGUUGAGCCUAUUUUGUGAUUAAUCUCAAGUUUGUAUUCAGCCGUUACAUUUUCCCCUUCAGAAUUGCAAUAUAUAAACUUGGAAAUGUCUAAUGUUGACAUUAUACCUUCUUUUUAUUCUGAGAAGUAACAAUCGUGAGAUUAAACUGAGCAUAUUUAAACUUAAAAUUGUAAAGGUAAAAAUGCCAUUCCAUUAGACACCAUUACAUUAUUAUUAUUAUAUUAUUAUUCUGUGGCUGCAACAAGCUUCCAUAAGAGUCAGACGGGGCACAGCAAGAUCAAGUAAAACCUUUUUUCUAACCUGCAUGCGAUACUUUGCAUCAAACUAGAGAUAUAAUCUGCCUUUCUUCUAUGAAUUGGUUUGUUUUAUAGCAGCACACCAGCAAAAUAUUUCACAUGCGCAGUAGAAAAAAAAUAUGCAAGUACAGUAUGUCAAUGCAGACGCUCAACCAACAAACAUGCACACUCAGAUUACUCCAACCAAAAUUCAACAUGGAACAAACAACUAAACACUGGGCUGCUGUAGUUUGGCCGUAGAGAGUUAUGACUUCCAUAUUGAAAGAAUGGCACAUUAACCGCCGGUUUAGAUCUAAAACACCGGUGUCAUUCUGAGAUGCACAUGCUGUGAUUGGACAAAUCGGACUUGUGCAAACAGAAUCAUCCAUAUCCACAUCCAGUGUGUUGAUAAAAGGUUUCAUAACUGUUCCUGGCAGCCUAGUGACAUUCUCCUGUAGUGUGCUAAUAUGGUUUCUAAGUUUCCAUGCUCUUAUCUGCACUUGAAAAUAGAAUGUAGCCCAAUCCUCUGCUGAUUGCCUGCUGCGUGUCGUCUCUAAUGCCAUGAUGUGAAUGCUAUGCUGUUUUACUGUCUGGUAUCAUCUGAAAGACAGGGCUUUAGAUUUAACAAACAACCCCCCUCCUAUCCGCAUAUGUACUGUAUUGCUGUUUUCUUUCUUUUUUGGAACUUUUUUUGUGAAAAGUUGUCUGCAUUUGAACUAAUUAAAUUAUGGGAAUUAAAAUUACAAAGAAUAACAAGA